UUAAAUCGUGUACGUAGCCUCAUGGUGAUACGUUUCGAGUGAAUCGACAAGAGGAACAUUUGCAUUCACCAAAAAGGGAGAAGCAGAAAACACCCGACAUUUUUCGGAAUCCUUUUCAUCCGGUUGAUGAAAGACAAUCUCGGGAUUCGCAUUUCUUUCGAGAGCGGGUCCACGAUGGCGUUGCGGCGAAGCCGUUUGGCGCUUCUGGCCGCUUUGGUCGUCUUAGCCACCACGACCGUUCGAUCUCAAGAGAACGAACUAUUUCACUGUCCGGCUGGAUGGCGACUUCAGGGACUUCACUGUUACAGGUUCUUCGAGGUCCAGCAUUCGUGGGAGAGAGCGGCCGAUUUAUGUAAACGUUAUGGCAGCGACUUGGUGGUGGUGGAAAGCUACCAGCAAAACAACAUUUCUGAAAAAUUGGCGCAAGAACAGCUGAACCCCGUCACGCAUCCGGAUGCCGCCUUCUGGCUUGGUCUCAUGUCGCUCGACGACCUCAGUACCAAUACACUGGAAGCCGCAUCCGGCUCGCUGGUCCAACAAUACGCAGGUUUCUGGCAAGUGGACCAACCGGAUGCGGAAAAGGGUCAGUGUGUUCGAGCUUCGACGGCCAACGCAGACCAGUCAUGGGCAUUGAGUUCCUGCGAGUCUCUCCUACCUUUCGUUUGCCGGGCAAAAGCCUGUCCCAAGAACAGUUUCCUGUGCUCCAAUGGCAAGUGCAUCAAUGGCGCUUUGCGCUGCGAUACUCAAGACGAUUGUGGCGACGGAUCGGAUGAGAAUGCCUGCCCGGAAGAAUGCCAUUAUCACAUGGUCUCGAGUGGCGACUCUAUCGAAAGCCCCAAUUACCCGGGCAAGUACCGACCCCUUGCCGACUGCAAAUGGACCUUGGAAGGACCUGUUGGAACGUCCAUCGUUUUGCAAUUCACGGAAUUCGACACGGAACGCACUUUCGACACCGUCCAGAUCUUGGCCGGUGGCAGGACUGAAGAUGCUUCCGUCACGUUGGCCACUUUGUCCGGCAAACAGAACUUGAGCCAACAAUUUUUCACGUCGGCUUCGAAUUUUAUGAUCGUCCGAUUCCGGUCGGACGCGACGGUCGAGAAGAACGGCUUCCGCGCUUCCUGGAAAACGGAGCCGCUCUCGUGCGGCGAACACCUCAAAGCCCUUCCGCAAGGCAAGGAAUUGACAUCGCCCGGCUACCCGCAAGCUUAUCCCGGCGGAUUGGAAUGCCUCUACGUCAUUUCGGCGCCUCUGGGCAAAGUGGUGACUCUGGUCAUCGAAGAUUUCGACAUGGAGCCGCACAAAGACUACGUGCUCAUCCGCAACGGGCCGGAAGCCGACUCGCCCAAGCUGGCCAUGUUGACGGGACGGACGGAAGAUUUGCCGGCCUACCUCCAAUCGACGACGGAGGCCAUGUACUUGUACAUCCACACGGAUCUGAGCGACUCUCGCAAGGGAUUCCGGUUCCGCUACUCGGUCGGCUGUGACCUGACGCUAGAGGCGGCCAACGGGACCCUGGUCUCGCCCGGUUACGACAUGAACGCCGACGACUUCCGCUACCCGCACAACCUCGAGUGCGACUAUCGUCUGCGCGCCCCAGGCGGAUCGCCCCUCUCGCUCCGAUUCGUCGAGUUCCAGGUGGACGAGUCGGACAAUGUCCAGCUCUACGACGGCAGCAACAGCAACGGCAUCCAGCUCCAUCCGGCCGAAGGCUUCCACGGCAAGACCCUGCCAAAGGCCACGACCUUCUCGGCCCACAGCGGCGACUUGCUCAUCCGUUUCAAAUCGGACGCCCUGAGAAACGAGCGCGGAUGGAGGGCCGUCUUCUCGGCCGAUUGCCCGGCUCUGCCCGUCGACGACAACGCCAUCUCUUCGACCAAGGAGCGCACGUUCGGCAGCAAUGUCGUCAUCACGUGCCCAGCCGGCAUGGAAUUCGCCACUGGAGUCAAGAAAAUCACGACGGAAUGCAUGAACGGCGGCCAGUGGUCGACGCCUUACAUCCCGCAUUGCCAGCCCGUCUACUGCGGACCCGUCCCUCAAAUCGACAACGGAUUCGCCAUCGCGGCCAGCAACGUCACCUUUGGCGGCGAGGCCCAGUACCAGUGCUACGCUGGAUUCGGGUUCGCUUCCGGUCAGGCCAUCGAAACGAUCCGCUGUACCGAAGACGGCCAGUGGGACAGCGUUCCUCAGUGCUCGGCUUCGCAGUGCACUCCGCUGCCGGACGUGGCCCACGCCAACGCCACCACCCUCAACGGCGGCGGCAUGAACUACGGGUCCGUCAUCCGAUUUGAAUGCGAGCCCGGAUACGUCCGAACCGGCGAUCCGGUUCUCCUCUGCCAAAGCAACGGCACCUGGUCCGGCGCUGUUCCGUCCUGCUCCAAGAUCCAAUGCCGCACAUUCCCCGAAAUCGAAAACGGAUGGAUUAGCAACCGGACCCGCACUUAUUUCUUCGGAGACGAGACCCGCGCUCAAUGCUACCGCGGAUACAAGCUCAACGGCACCACCGUCAUCCGCUGCGGAGCCGAUGGAAAAUUCAAUAACGUGCCCGCCUGUUUGGACGUUGACGAAUGCGCCAGUACGGGCGGCAACAGCGCGCCACCUUGCGACCAGGCAUCAACCACUUGCACCAACGUUCCAGGCUCGUUCCAGUGCGGAUGCAAAUCCGGAUUCCUUCCCAAUCUAGACUGCCGACCGGUCGUCGAUCUCGGCCUGGGCAACGGAGGCGUUCCCAAUCCAUCCAUCACGGUUUCAUCGGCCGAAAAGGGUUUCCCCAAAGAGAACGUCCGUCUCAGCACUAAAGGCGGAUGGUGCGGAGCUGAAAGCGGUUCCGGCAGCAACUGGGUCAUGAUUGACUUCAAAGCGCCGACUGUUCUGCGAGGAUUCCGCACUCAGCCGGUCCUUCGCGGAGCCAGCGGAGUUGCCUUCGCUUCAUCGAUCCGGCUGCAGUACGCCGACGAUGCGGACGAUCUCUUCCGCGAGUACAAGAGCCCCGAAGGAGCCCCAGUCGAGUUCCGCAUUCCGGAAGGAACCAGCAUCGCUGUCGUCAACUUGCCGACGGCCAUCGAAGCCCGUUACUUCCGUCUGGUCAUCCAGGACUAUUCGGUGGCUCCUUGCCUCCGCAUGGAAAUGAUGGGCUGCACCCGGAGCGAGUGUUUGGACGUUGACGAGUGCGCCGUCGACAACGGCAACUGCCAACAGAAAUGCAUCAACAAUCCGGGCGGAUUCGCUUGCUCUUGCAGUCAGGGCCACGACCUUUUCGUCGAGAACGGAACGGCCGGUUUCUUCAUCUUGGAAUCGGAGAACGGAGUCCGCGACGGCGAUCUCUUCCGCAUCAACAAGACUUGCGUCAAGAAAAUGUGCCCAGCAGUUAGUCAGCCGGAGAACGGCCACAUGCUCACCACCCGGGCCAGCCAUCACUUUGGCGAUGAGAUCGAGUUCCAUUGCCGCAUCGGAUACAUUAUGGUCGGUUCCAGCAGCAUCAAAUGCACGGCGGCCGGCACGUGGAACGCUUCCGUGCCCGAGUGUCAGCCGGCCCAGUGCGUGCCCCUGGCCGACGAUCAAUCGGAAGGUUUGACUGUCACUCGUACCGCCGGCCCGGCUGACAAUCUGCUCGUGCCCUACGGCCAGAACAUCACGCUGUCGUGCAACGAGCCGGGUCGGCCGCUGAUGAGGAGCCCGGCCUCUUCUUUCCGUCAGUGCGUCUACGACCCGAGACCAGGUUUCCCUCAAUAUUGGUUCUCAGGCGCCCAGCCCAGCUGUCCGCGAAUUGAUUGCGGCAAACCACCAGAGACGCCCGGAGCCGAAUACGGAUUCUUCCCCGAUACCCGAUACAAGUCCAGCUUCUUCUUCGGAUGCCAGCCGACUUUCACCUUGACUGGCCAAUCGUCUCGCAACGACAAUGUCGUCCGCUGUAUGGAGAACGGCGUCUGGGACUUUGGCGAUUUGCGCUGCGAGGGACCCGUUUGCGAAGAUCCCGGCCGGCCGGCCGAUGGCAUCCAACUGGCCACCAGCUACGAACAAGGAGCGGAAAUCUCCUUCCAGUGCACCCGACCCGGAUACAUCCCUAUUACGUCGGCGCCGAUCCAGUGCGUCCGCGAUCCCGAAUGCAGCGUUGUCCGACCCAUUGGCAUCACUUCGGGCAAAAUCCCCGACGGCAUGUUCAACGCGACGUCCGAGCGACGCAACUACGAGGCCAAGAAAGCCCGCAUGAGCUCCGCCACUGGUUGGUGCGCCCAGCAAGAGGAAGCCUUCACUUACGCCAGCGUCGAUCUCGGAACUGUCCACCGUGUCAAGGCCAUUUUGGUCAAGGGCGUCGUCACCAACGAUGUCGUCGGCCGCCCAACUGAGAUCCGCUUCUUCUACAAACAGGAUCCGGCUGAGAACUUUGUCGUCUACUUCCCCAACUUCAACCUGAUGUCUCGCGACCUGGGCAACUACGGAGAGCUGGCCAUGAUUACCCUACCGCUCUAGUCUGUCCAGGCCCAUUUUGUCAUCUUGGGCAUUGUGGCUUACGACAAGAAUCCUUGCCUCAAAUUCGAGUUGAUGGGAUGUCCCGACGAGUUGGUGGAGGACCGGUUUCUUGGCUACGACCUCGGCUAUCCCGUCUGCGUCGACAACGAUCCACCUCAGUUCCCCAACUGCCCGACGAGCGCUGUCCGCGUCAAGAGGACGGCCCAGGGUAUGGAGUCGGUGGAUUUCGUCGUGCCAACGGCCACCAACAACAGCGGAAUGAUCGCCAGAACGGAAGUGCGCCCAGAAGGAUUCCGCCCACCAUUGGCCGUCUUCCAGGACACGAUGGUCGAAUACUUUGCCUACGAUUUCGAUGGCAACGUCGCCGUCUGCCAGAUCAACAUCACCGUCAUCGACGAGGAGCCUCCUCAGCUGCAGUGCCCUCAGAGCUUCGUCAUCGAACUGGUAGAGCCUCAAGACUCUUACCAAGUCUUUUUCAACGAGACCCGUCGCCGCGUCCUCGUGUCGGACGCUUCCGGCCAAGACGUCGCCGUUUCUUUCAUCCCGGAAAGCGCCUUCAUCCGCGUUGGCAGUUACGAGAACGUCGCCAUCGUCGCCACGGACCCGUCGGGCAACCAACAGCGAUGCUACUUCCAAGUCUCUGUCCAGCCGACUCAAUGCGUCGACUGGGAAUUGAAGCCACCGGCCAACGGAGCCAUCAACUGCCUACCGCCCAGCAACCGGCCAGCCGGGAGCGGUGGACUCGAAUGCGUCGCCACUUGCAAUCCAGGAUUCCGUUUCACCGACGGCGAACCGGUCAAGACGUUCCGUUGCGACGUCAAACAGCCGUGGACACCUGGGCACGUAGUGCCGGACUGUGUCACCGAAGAGACUCAACAGGCCAUGUACAACGUUGUCGCCAAAGUCCUUUACAGAGCCGGUGGAGCCGCUUCCGCUGUGCCGGCCACUUGCCUCUCGCAAUACGCCACUGUUGUCCGCCCGUUCUACCAGGCCCUGGACCGAGCUCUGUCUGCCCGUUGCUCCGCCAUCAGCGUCGACAUGAACGUGACUUUUGUCGAAUCUCAAACGGAAAUGCAUUUGGUGGAAGACAACAUCGCCGAAAUCACUUACGUCCUGUCCAUCAUGCCGGCCGUCCGUCAACCUCAGCUCUACGAUCUGUGCGGAUCGACUUUGGGUCUCGUCUUUGAUUUGUCCGUCCCGUCCACCAGCGCCGUUUUGUCGCCGCUUCUCGACUUGGCCGCCACAUCCAACGAUUGCCCGCCCAUGAAGGCCGUCAACUCUUCUCUGAGCCGCGGAUUCGCCUGCGGAGUUGGCGAAGUUCUCAACAUGCCGGCCGCCGCUAACGUUCCGCGCUGUCUUCACUGCCCGGCUGGAACAUCUGCCCUCAGCGGCGCCAAGAACUGCGCCCUCUGCCCGCGCGGCUUCUACCAAGACCAAGAACGAUCUGGCUCAUGCAAACGUUGCCCGGCUGGAACCUUCACCCGAUCGGAAGGCUCCAAAACGGUUGAGGAAUGCGUUCCAGUCUGCGGAUUUGGAACUUACUCGCCAACUGGACUUGUCCCUUGUCUCGAAUGCCCGCGUGACAGCUUCACUGGAACACCUCCACCGGGCGGAUUUACCGACUGCCAAGCUUGCCCACCUGAAGCUCCGUUCACUCACCAACCGGCCGCUCCGUCAGUUGGCACUUGCCGGCCCAAAUGCGCACCCGGAACUUAUUCCUCGACCGGAUUGGCUCCAUGCGCUCCUUGCCCCAACCACUUUUUCCAGCCGCUGGAAGGGAAAAUGUCUUGCCUGGAAUGUGCCAGCACUGCGAUGACGGCCGCUCCGGGAGCCAAGGGCCGCGACGAAUGCCAGCCGUUGGUUUGCAAGGAAGGAUUCUGCCGCAACGGCGGAUUGUGCCUGGCUCAAACUCAUAUGGCCUACUGCUACUGCCCGGCUGGAUUCACUGGCCGUUUCUGCGAAAUCAACAUCGACGACUGCGCUUCCCAGCCUUGCUACAACGGCGGCUCUUGCCGCGACCAGGAACAAGGAUACACUUGCUCUUGCCCGCCCGGCUAUUCCGGCCUCCAGUGCCAAGAAGAAGAGUCGAGCUGCAACGCCACGGCUUGCAACGGCCGGUCCAUGUGCAAGAACGAACCUGGACAAGGACAAUUCACUUGUCUCUGCCGGACGGGCUACACUGGAGCCAACUGCAGCAGCACCCUGGACCCCUGCGCCGCCAACCCGUGCUCCAACUCUGCCCAGUGCAUUCCACUGAAACAAGGACGUUUCAAGUGCGUCUGCCCUGCCGGAUGGGAAGGCCCUCUCUGCGCUGAGAACGUUGACGAUUGCGCCGAAUCGCCCUGCUUGCUGGGCAGCAAUUGCACCGACCUGAUCGACGACUUCAACUGCUCGUGCCCCGUCGGGUUCACGGGUAAACGGUGCGAGAUCAAAGUCGACCUUUGCCAGCCGUCCCCGUGCGGCGAUCACGGCCAGUGCGUCGAUCGCUACUUUGACGCGAUGUGCAUCUUUCAGCCCGGCUGGACGGGCCCCAACUGCACCGUCCAAGUAGACGAAUGCUCGACCAAUCCUUGCCUCAAUGGCGGCCAAUGCCAAGAUGUCGAGGGAGACUACCGUUGCUUGUGCGCCCUGGGCUUUACCGGCAAGAAAUGCCAACACAGCAUCGACUAUUGCGGCAGCCAACCUUGCCAGCACGGCGGCACCUGCACCGAUUCGUUGGAAAGCUUCCAGUGCCAAUGCCGGGCCGCAUUUGGCUUCCUUGGAGUCCAGUGUGAGAUCGACAUCGACGAAUGCUUGGACAACCCUUGCGACCCUGUCGGAACGGACCGCUGCUUGGACCAGGUCAACAAAUAUCACUGCCAAUGCCGGCCAGGAUUCACUGGAGCCCUGUGCGAGAACAAGAUCAACGAAUGCGCUCCCGUUUCCCCCUGCCUCAACGGCGGCGUCUGCACCGAACUCGUCAACAACUUUAAAUGCACUUGCCCAGCAGGAUGGACUGGGCAACGGGGCGAGAAGGACAUCAACUUCUGCGAAUCUCAACCUUGCUUGACCAACGCCAACUGCAUCAACUUGUUGGGCGACUUUUUCUGCGCUUGCCCGUCCGGUACGGAUGGCAAACGUUGCGAGACGGCCCCAGACCGUUGCAUCGGUGACCCGUGCAUGAACGACGGCAUGUGCCGCGACUUUGGCUCUGGUUUGAACUGCACUUGCGAUCCGGAUUACAUCGGAGUUGGUUGCCAGCACGAAUUCGACGCUUGCGCCGCCGGCGUCUGCCAGAACGGCGCCACCUGCGUCGACAACGGAGCUGGUUACCAGUGCGUCUGCCCAGACGGUUUCUCGGGCCGCCACUGCGAACAGGACGUUGUCGAAUGCGUUCCAGGAGCUUGUCCCUUGUCGGCUACUUGCAUCGACCUCAUCGACGACUUCUACUGCCGUUGCCCGUUCAAUCUGACGGGCGAGGACUGUCGCAAGAUCGUCCAGACGGACUACGAUUUCUUCUUUAGCGACGAGACUCGUCGUGCCAGCGCUUCUCUGGUCGUUCCAUUCGCUCUCGGCUCGCCCAGCUUGACUUUGGCUCUCUGGGUCCAGUUCACCCACCGAGACGAUCUUGGUAACAUCUUGACCCUCUACUCUGUCGACUCGGCCAGCAUGCCGCGCAACCAGCGUAUCAUGGCCCAAGUUCACAGCUCGGGUGUUCACAUCGCCCUCCUGCCGGGCAUCAAGGACGUCUUUUUGCCGUUCCGCGUCAAUUUGGCCAUCAACGACGGCCAAUGGCACCACAUUGCUCUCGUCUGGGACGGCCCCAACGGCGCCAUCACUCUGACGACGGACGGAGUCAUCGUUGGCCGUGUAGAAAAUUACGGAGUUAACCGGACAUUGUCGCAGUACGGAUGGAUGACUCUGGGCGCGCCCAAUUCGUCUAAAACGCGGACGGAACACGGUUUCCACGGGCAUUUGACUCGAGUCCAUUUGUGGGGCCGUCCUCUGGACGUCAUUUCCGACAUUCCCAAACAAGUGCGCAGUUGCCAAUCGGCUCCGAUGCUCUUUGACGGGCUUUUGCUCCAGUGGAGCGGCUACGAUCGCAUCGAGCGCGGAGUGGAACGCGUCAUGCCGUCGGCUUGCGGCCAACGGGUCUGCCCGCUUGGCUUCUCUGGCCCUAGUUGCGCCACGCUGGACAAGGACAAGAUCCCACCUCAAGUCGUUCGCUGUCCCAGUGACAUUUGGAUUGAAACGCGCAACGGAUCCGCCCGCGUCGACUGGAACGAGCCGCAAUUUAGCGACAAUGUCCGCCUGGCUCAAGUGGAGGAGACGGAAGGCAUUCGCUUCGUCAACACGCUCGCUUGGGGCACUUAUGAUGUCGCCUAUGUCGCUUACGACGAAGCUGGAAACUCGGCCGUCUGCGCCUUCAAGAUUUACAUCGUCAACGAAUUCUGCCCGAAACUGGCCGAUCCUGUCGGCGGAACUCAGCGUUGCUCCGACUGGGGACCCGGCGGCCGAUUCAAAGUCUGCUCCAUCGAAUGCAACACCGGACUGGCAUUCUCCGUGCCCGUCCCGAAAUUCUAUACUUGCGGCGCCGAAGGAUUCUGGCGGCCGACUGAAGAUCCUGGCGUCUCGUUUGUCUACCCGGCAUGCAGUUCCACCAAACCGGCCCAACGCAUCGUCAAGAUCAAGUUGCAGUACUUGAGCUCUGUCCUCUGUAACGAAGCCGGCCAGAGCGUUUUGUCCGACAAGGUACGACAGGCCAUCCAGAAACGGAACCGCGACUGGCGAUUCUGCAACGCCAAGGGCAGCCAGUCGGCCACUUGCAACGAACUCGACGUCAACAUCAAAUGCCAACGUCGCCACGGCGACUUGGGAGUCAAACGACGCCGUCGAGCCGAUGUCAACGAUGACGUUUACGACAUUGAGAUCAGUUUCCUGGCCGAGAGCGAUCCAGUGACCAACAUCAACACUCAAGAGAAGUCGACGAUUGAGCGUUUGCUGGAAACAAUCAUUAUUUGGAAAAAGGACGACUUUGACGUCCGCGAAUCGCUCCCGGCCACACUCUCCAUCUCGGCCGAUUUCACCUGUCCCGUUGGACAAGUUGUCCGCGAAUCCGAGUGCGUUGCUUGCGCUCCGGGCAACGCCUUCGACACGGAGGAGAAGAACUGCCGACUCUGCCGAGUGGGCACUUUCCAGGAUGAAGCUGGACAGACGCAAUGCAAGAUCUGCCCCGUCAUCGCUGGCCGUCCAGGAACCACUUUCGCUUCAGGCGCCCGAUCUGCCACCGAUGGCAAGGAACGCUGCCCAGCUGGUAAAUUCUACAGCGAAGAGACGCAACGCUGUCUCAACUGCGGUUUCGGCCAUUACCAACCGGCCGACGGAUCUUUUGCUUGUCGUUCUUUUGCUUUCUCUUGCCAAGCUGGUUUGACGACACGAACGGAUCAGGCCAUCUCGUCGGACGAGUGCUCCGAAGAGUGCCCCACUGGUCUCCAGUUGACUUUGCUGUCCAACAACGCUACUUGCGAGCCAUGCCCCAAGGGAACUUAACGUACCAAGGGUCGCGAAAUGGCCUGUCAGCAGUGUCCAGCCGGUUUUACCACCACUCGCUCGGGCUCGGCCACUGCGGAGGAAUGUUCGGAACCCAAGUGUCCACCGGGCUCAUCUCUCUCCAAGGAGAACACUUGCGCUCUCUGCCAAGUCGGCACCUACCAGCCGAAUGAUCAACAAAGCAGUUGCCUGCCUUGCCCGCCUGAUACCACAACAAAGGUGGCCGGCGCCACUCUCAAGACGGACUGCUCCAAUCCUUGCAGCCCCGCCACCAACCAGACCAUCUGCCCCACGAACGGGGUCUGUCUCUUAGUGGCCAGCACCAACGUUCACCGAUGCGAAUGCAAGGCCGGCUUCACGCCCGUCCCACCUGACAAUCCCUCCGAUUUCAUCUCUAUGGACAAAUGCGACAAUUUCUGCAAGAACGACGGCAAAUGUCGUAGGGAUUUGGCCACUGGCGAGCCUUACUGCCAAUGUACUGGUAGCUACACCGGCCAACAAUGCGAAGCCCAAUCUAACUUUGCCUACAUUGUCGGCGGCAGUGCUGGUUUCGUCGUGUUUUUGAUCCUGCUCGUCUUGUUGAUCUGGAUGAUCUGCGCCAGAACGUCCCGUCGUCGCGAUAGCCAAGCUAAAGCAGCAGCUAAUGCAGCUGUCGUAGCCGGUGAUCCGUCCGGAAGUCAAGCCAAUUUCUACUACGGAUCGCACGCUCCGUAUGCCGAGUCGAUCGCACCUUCACAUCACUCGACUUAUGCACAUUAUUAUGACGAGGAGGAGGAUGGCUGGGAGAUGCCCAAUUUUUACAACGAAACCUACAUGAAAGCAGAGAAUCUGCACAACGUGAACAAGGGGAACAGUCUGGGACGCUCCAACGCCAGCUUAUAUGGGAACAAGGAAGAGUUGUACGAUCGUCUCAGGCGACAUGCCUAUCAGGGAAAGAAAGAGAAAAGUGGCAACGAGACGACUAGCGAGAGCGACGGACAUUAAGCUUUUACAUAACAGAUAAACGAGCACGUCGCGUCCUUUUUGUGUUAUUGGUUUCAAAAAAAAAAAGAAGGAAUUCAAGUCUCACCUUUCUUCACGACUUUGAAUUGUCGAUUCCCCAAUGUGGUCUAAGGGUCAUCGCCAAAAAAUUUCAUUUGGAGGGUUUUUUUUAUUUUGGGUGUUUUGAGCAAUCUUUUUUUUUUUUUUUUUUUUUUUUGUUUUGUUUUGAUCUUUCCAUUUGUGUCUUUAAUCCACGGCAUUCAAUUUUUUGUGACUUAACGACGUGAUCCUGGUGUUUACGAUGGCGCGCCAUGGAUUUCUAGCCAAGCGAACGGGGAACGGCUGCGCAGACGCGAGAUAACGAACAAUAGUUUUUUUUUUUUUUUUUUUUUAAUUCGUGUAGACCUUCAUCCUUCCCGUGUUAAUUGACAAUUAUUUG